GUGACCGCGGAUUCAUAUGUUUUUAGAUACAUAGUCUAACUUGCGAGAAACUACCAAAUAAGGUCUUUAAAAAAUGUGAAAUUCGUUGGGAAAGUCGACAGUAUAGUCAGGCAUUGCAGCAGGCCUAUGGAUGAAUGUUGAAUGAAUUCAUAAAUGAAUGACUGAAUUACUUCUGUAUUGUAUUUGGACGGGUUUUCCUUGAGCAUUACGGACUUUGCCAAGAGGUCUCGACCUUUGUCACAGAUUUUGUUGUGGCUUGUUGUUGGUGCAUUCUAUCAGACUAUGAAUACUUAUUUCUAGGCUCCGGAGUCGGGAUCCUGGCGUUUUCGUGCUGCUAUGGAAACGCAGUUCGUGCGCUCUUGGUUGAAACUGGGUGAGGUCAGCUCGGUGACGGAGAAGCGGGGAUGCAGUGCGUGCUAGGAGAGAGUGAGUGCAUGAUAUUCCAUCGAGGAGAGCUACAGUACUAGUAGUUCGGUGACUGCGGAGACAGCGAUUUUGGCAACAUGGGUGACGUUCUGGGGAUUAUUAUUACUAACGGAUUUUAAUUGGGAACUACCGGGAAAAUGGCAGAGAGGUUGGAAUGGGUGGAGAUCAUAGAGCCGCGCACGCGGGAACGCAUGUAUGCCAACCUCCUCACCGGAGAGUGUGUGUGGGACCCCCCGCAGGGGGUACGUAUUAAGAGGACGGGGGACAACCAGUGGUGGGAGCUGUUCGACCCCAACACCUCCCGCUUCUACUACUACAACGCUUCCACGCAACGCACUGUCUGGCACCGCCCACAGGCCUGUGACAUCAUCCCACUCGCCAAGUUACAGACGCUGAAGCAGCACACGGAUGUGCCCUGCCCGGGAGGGGGAGGAACAGGAGGAGACAGAGGGGGGAGGACGUCAGCUGAUAACAGCCCGGGGAGAAGCAGUGCGGUCAGUAGAGAGGGGAGCACCUCGUCUUCACUGGACCAGGAACUGACCGCAUCGGAGAAACAGGGGAACAGAGAGGAGGCAGACAGGACCUCUCCAUUCAGAUGGAACACAGGUACCAAGGAGAGGAUGCUGAUCAAGGUGACAGACAGAGAACCCAGCUUCCUCUCUCACCAGGGGAACGGUUACUCCCCCUGCGACCCCCCUACCCUCACCCCCGUCCCCGCACCUGGCACCGGCACCGCCUCCCGUAUCCGCCGUUCCUCUGGAGGAUCGGCACCCCCUGACAGCGGCCCCGACGGCUCUCCAAUCCUCUACGUCGACCGCCGCCAGUCGCCCUUCCUGAAACGGGCGGAGCUAGGGGGCGGAGGUACCGGGACACACCGCCGCCCCUCGGCCGACUCACAGCCCCCCUCCCCACGCUACGCCUACGAACCCCCCCUCUACGAGGAGCCCCCCUCGGAGUACCAGCCCCCGCCCAUCUACGAGGAACCGCCCACGGACGUGAUGCACCACCUGGGCUCUGACUCCUCCUUGCUGUAUGGCACAGGGAAGUCUCCGGCACGGGGAAAGCCCUCCUCGGGGACGCCCCUCUACCACUCUCCCAAACUGAGCCACUCCCCCUACGGCCAGCUGGUGCUGACCAAACAGAAGUGUCCAGAGAAGACCCAGAGUCUGGAGUACAGCCCUGCAGGGAAGGAGUAUGUCAAACAGCUGGUCUACGUGGAACAGUCCUCCUCCAGCCCACGUUUUAAGACAGCUGACCGGCUCCUUCGCUAUGGGACCUCCACGGCCACCCCCUCCUCCAUGGGGGGGUAUGGGGGCUCCUACGGAGGCUCCUACACCCUCCAACACAGCCAGAGUCUGAUCCGGGACCCCCGGCUGCUGCUGGACUACGGGGGCGGGGAGGGGGGCGAGGGCGGGGGCCAGAGGUUGCUCUAUGAGGACUCAAUGUCCUGGAGCUCCAGUCAGCACCACUCCCUCUCCCUCUCUGGGUCUACAGGAGGAGGGGGCUUCUCGCCCGGGGGGAACCGCAAACGCAAGACCCGGAAACCUUCCCUGCCCCAGGAGCUGGGGAGGUGUGGAGGGGGUGGUGGUGUUGGGGCGGACUGGGAGGAGGGGCCGAUGUCGGGGACCCUGUCGGAGGCGGUGUUGAACCAGUCCAGGCUGGCGUGGGAGGCCCAGCAGGUGAUGAAACAGAGGAGCAGUUGGGACUCAGCCCCGGGGGAAGGGGGCUCGGCCGGGGGCUCUAACCAGGGAGGGGGCUCUAAAGACGGGUACGAGAGCGAUGGGGCGGUGCCCCUGCCUUUGCCAGGCCCAGUGGUGAGGGCAUUUAGCGAGGACGAGGCGUUAGCACAGAGCGACGGGCACCACGGGCAUUACCACUGGAAACGCAGCACCUUCGACAGACUGGGCUUCCCUCAGGCACUGCUGGAGAAGAGCCUGUCUGUACAGACCAACCUGGCCUCGCCUGAACCCUUCCUACACCCCUCACAGUCAGAGGAUCUUGGAGCGUGUGCUCAGUUCGAGGCGAGUCGGAAUGCUCGGAACAUGAUGCCCAGCACCAGCUGUGGAGUGUUCCCUGAAUUCACCUUGAGGAAGCCAUCCUCUGAGACUGACAUCGAGAACUGGGCCUCCAAACACUUUAACAAACACACACAGGGUCUUUUCCGGCGUAAGGUGUCCAUAGCCAACAUGCUGGCGUGGAGCAGUGAGCCAAUCAAGAAGCCCAUGAUCGUGACGUCAGACCGUGCGGUGAAGAGAGAGGCGGUGGAGAUCUUUAAACUCAUCCAGACCUAUAUGGGAGACCGCCGGGCCAAGACUGACCCGCUCACUGUCGCCCUGGAGGUGGCAGUGCGUGGUUGGAGCAGCCAGGGUCUUCGUGAUGAGCUCUACAUUCAGCUGUGUCGUCAGACUACAGAAAACUUCCGCUAUGAUAGUCUGGAGAGGGGCUGGGAGCUCAUGGCUGUGUGUCUGGCCUUCUUCCCCCCAACUCCACGCUUCCACUCAUACCUGGAGGGAUACAUCUACAGACACAUGGACCCCCUCAACGAUACUAAAGGAGUGGCGAUCAGCGGCUAUGCCAAAUACUGUUACCGUAAACUGCAGAAGGCUGCUCUGACCGGAGCUAAGAAGGGGUUGCAGAAGCCGUGUCUGGAGGAGAUCAAACAUGCCAGGAACGCCAUCUUCAGCCCCUCCAUGUUUGGCUCUUCCCUGGAGGAAGUGAUGUCACUGCAGAAGGAGCGUUACCCCGACAGCCAGCUGCCCUGGGUCCAGACACGCCUCUCUGAGGAGGUCCUGGGUCUUAAUGGAGACCAAACCGAGGGCAUCUUCAGGGUUCCAGGUGACAUAGAUGAGGUCAAUGCUCUCAAGCUGCAGGUGGACCAAUGGAAGAUCCCCACGGACCUGGAGGACCCACACAUCCCAGCCUCUCUGUUGAAGUUGUGGUACAGGGAGUUGGAGGAGCCGUUGAUUCCUCAUGAGUUCUAUGAGGAAUGUAUCACUCACUAUGAUGACCCUGAGGCUGCAGUCAAUGUUGUGAUGGGCCUUCCUCACAUCAACAAACUGGUGCUCUGCUACCUCAUACGCUUUCUACAGGUGUUUGGCCAGCCUGUCAACGUGGUGAUCACUAAGAUGGAUGUGAACAACCUGGCCAUGGUGAUGGCUCCUAACUGCCUGCGCUGCCAGUCAGAUGACCCACGCGUCAUCUUUGAGAACACACGCAAAGAGAUGUCCUUCAUCCGCGUGCUCAUCCAGCGCCUCGACACCAGCUUCAUGGACGGACUGCUAUAGCCCCCCAAACCCUGCUCCUGUACCCAGGCCAAUGACAAGGGACCCCCUCCCUGCUAUAGCCCCCCACUUUAAACUACUCAACCUGAAACAACCACACGGGACGCCCCCCAACUUCGACUGUACCCCUAAAUCCCCCAAGGCCCCACCUGCCCCCCAGACCCUGCUCUAGCCCCCCAACAAUAACUGUACCCCCGACCAACUAGUUGGGACACCCCCCAACUCCAACUACUGCCCCCUAAAUCCUGCUAUAACCCCCCAAUUACAACUACUGCCCCCCAAACCAUCCACACAGGACAGGAUGACCCCCUACCUCCCCGACGGAGCCUCAACCCAGUCUGAGCCUGACCCCUGACCUCUGACCUCUAACCUCUACCCCCCACACUACACACAGGGACUUGCAUCUCACACACACUGAUGUACAGGGUUACACACACACUCACAUAGACAUACUCUCACAUGUACAUUUACACACACACACAUACUCUCACUUGUACAGUACACAUCCAUACACACAAUGGCAAAGUUUAGAGUGACAAAUGGCUGACCAACACAGUACAAGAUCGAUGGGAUCAACCUAUAUCUUUAUUGAGAUAUACUCAGUCUACAUUGUCAUACAUACACACAAUGACGCACGCACACACACACAAAGCUGUUUAACUCCCUUCCCACCCAAACGGCUAUCACGCUACGACAUGUUUUGGUGCUGUCCCCUCCCCAGUCCCCGCCUCUCUCCCCAUACCAAUCACGUCUGCUUCCCCCUCUCCUGAUUCGCUGUGAGUUCUAGAAUGAGGGCGUCGGUCCACCUAUCAGCUCCAAGCCCAGAGCUACAGUCAAACUGCCAUGAAGCCCCGUCUGUCCGUCUGCACUGUUGUCACCAACCAACUGAUGUCGAUAAAGUUAUUUAUUUUGUUGUUUUGGACGGCGGGGUCGGUCCAGGGCAGGUUUUAGAGGGGAUCACCGCAGCACUGCCAAUCAACCGUGUCUGUCACAACAGGAAAGGAUGUCAGACACCGUGCCACAGAACUUCCUGUGAGACUUUAGAACUACUGAUUCACCCCCUGCACACCCUACCACCCUACCACCCAUCCCCAUAGCCCCUUCUGCCCCCUUCACCCCUCUGACCCCUUAGACAACCACACAGCCUCUACCCCUAGAGCCCCUCACCCCUCCUCACCCCUCUUCACCCCUCCUCACUCACCCCUCUUCACCCCUCAUCACCCCGCUUCACCCCGCUUCACUCCUCAUCACCUACCCCUCAACACAUCCUCAAGACUACAUACACCUCCAUACUCUCAUACUGACAUGAUUUCUGAAUGUCUGAAUUGAGAUCCGUCCACCUCUGUCUGUCUGUCUGUCUGUCUGUCUGUCUGUCUGUCUGUCUGUCUGUCUGUCUGUCUGUCUGUCUGUCUGUCUGUCUGUCUGUCGUUUACAAAUGUACCUGUCUGUCUCCGUCUACAGGUAGUCAAAGUACUGUCUGUCUUUUGGACCCGUACAAAAGUAUUUUUUCUAUUAGCAGAUGUGACUUGGUAUGGAUUAUUAUUUUUAAAGAUAUGUGUUUUUUGUUUUAUUAAUUGAUGAUUUGUUGUAUUUAACAGAGUUUUAAUGUUUUUUAACCCACUGUUUUAUAUAAUUUAAUUUAUUUGUAUUUAUUUCAGCAAAAUUUCCUUAAUGCCUUCUUCUUAGACAGUAUACUUUAUGGUUCAGAAUGUCUGUGUGUGUCCCAAAUGGCCCUCUAUUCCCUUUAUAGUACACUACUUUUUGUCAAAAGUAGUGUAUUAUAUAGGGAAUAGGGUGCCUUUUGGGAUGCACUUUGUCUUUAUGUUUCUUUGAAUGAAUGUGUGUGUACGUGCAGGCAUGUAUGUGCUUGUGUGUGUUUGUGUUUUCAAUAUAAUAGGGCAUAUACAUCACAUGUUCAUAUGCACAUACAUGUUGAUAUGUGACUCUGAAGUGUACAGUAGGUGUCUUUGUGUGUCUGAGAGUAAAGGCCUGCUGUUUUUUAGUUCUGUUCAUUUGUGUUGCAUUUUUUGGUGACAUGUUUAUACGAAUGGAUGCUUGUGAACCUCCCAUCCCUUAACACCACACACACACACACACACACAUCAUUCUUAGCCUAAUUACCAUUCUCGCAGAAGGACUCUCACGCUCUUACGUUCACGGAAGCUCUCAUACACUGUGUGUGUGUGUGUGUGUGUGUGUGUGUGUACUUGAAGCUUUCACACAAUCACAUAUUGCGUGUGUGUGUAUUUGAAUCUCUCAUACACUCAGGUAUUGUGUGUGUGUGUUUACUUGAAGCUUUCACACAAUCACAUAUUGUGUGUGUGUGUGUGUAUUUGGCGCUCUCACACACUAAAAUAUUGCGUGUGUAUUUGUGGUAGAAUUAUAUUUUCUAUGUUAAAUUGGGUGUAUAUGACAAUAAAAAGCAUCUCAAUCUAAAGAGAUAAAGUGGAUCAGUGAAGGAGAGAGAGAGGAGAGAUAGGGUUGUUAUGUUUCCUCUGUCACCUUAACCCACUGUAUCCUUAUAUACACACACACACACACACACACACACACACUACACAGAACAUGACCAACGUGUACAUUGACCCACUGUACAGACCAACCUGUAAAAUACAACAAGAUUACCAUAACAACACAAGUAAAUAAAGCAUCACACAUACAGUAUGUAACUAUGGGAAACAGCUGUGGAAAUAA